GCCCCCGCGUUUCUAUCUGCUGCUCUUUUUUCUCUAAUCCUCAUGAUCUUCUCGAGAGUUGUCCGGCCGUCAAUUAGAAUUUAUCGAUCGAAAAGCCUGUAUCAAAUCAGAACCAUGCGUAUCCAGUCGAUUCCCAUGUGUAAGUGAUAUAUAACUAAUGCAGCCGCCAACGAAAACAAAAAUAUAUAACCAGUUACCCCAAACAUGUCAGGAUAUUUACUAAAACCAAUCAACAGGGACAGGAAAGGGCAAUAACUAUGCCUACCUGGUCACAGAUGAGCCUACGAAAAACUCCGUGCUUAUAGACCCAGCCAAUCCGCCAGAGUAAGAGACAAUUGAGGUCCCCUCGAGCGCAUGGAUUCCUGAUAUGGUUUCUACUCACCAUUAUCUGGCAAAUGAUUACAGGGUUAUUCCAAAGGUAGAACCGGAGGUCAAGUCUGGCAAUAUCAAUCUCGUGGCGAUUCUCAAUACACAUCACCACUGGGACCAUGCUGGUGGGAAUGAAAGAAUUAUUCAAAAAUUUGGAAAUCUCCGCGUUAUAGGAGGCGCAAAAUGCCAGAGCGUGACCGAGACGCCUAGGCAUAAUGAGACGUUUAAAAUUGGGGAUCGCCUAACGGUCACAGCGCUUCAUACGCCUUGUCACACGCAGGAUAGCAUUUGCUUUUAUCUGGAAGAUGGGGAGGACCGUGCCGUCUUUACAGGUGACACGCUUUUCAUUGCAGGAUGCGGCCGUUUCUUCGAAGGAAACGCCAAGGAAAUGAACACGGCCCUCAACGAAAUACUGGCAGCUCUACCGGAUAAUACAAAAGUUUAUCCUGGCCACGAAUACACGAAGCAGAAUGUAGAGUUUUGUCUCACUGUAUCGAAAUCGGAUGCCAUCAAGAAGCUGGAGGCAUUUGCCUCAGCGAAUCGGGAAACACAGGGGAAAUUUACCAUUGGGGAUGAGAAGCUUCAUAAUGUCUUUAUGCGGCUAACGGAUCCUGAGAUUCAACUAGCAACAGGCAAGACGGAUCCGGUGGAAGUUCUGGCAAUGUUGAGAGAGCUGAAGAAUGCCAUGUGAAGCGUGAAAUGGAGACGCGUGAUUCUUUUCUUGCUUAUAUACUGCAGCCAUGUUAGCAGUCCAAUUGAUGGCAAGCGGACAUGGUCUAUCAAUCCCUUCGAGGUACGGUACGGAUUCAUCGAACUGCUCAGUGAAAUCCGUGAUACGAUAGUAAAUGAUUAAUCAGGCUGAACGAAGGGUUCAUCAUGAUACAUACGUCUUGAGAUAGAACUAACCAUGCAAGAGAUCCAACAUGAUAUAAAAACUCCAUCGACUGAACUCCCCAUUCCAGGAUCAAUUUGGUUUAAUAUCUUAAUCCAUAAAUAAUCUACAAGUACUUACCCAAUAUACCACAGAAAAAGAAUACUCCA